CGCUUUUUCUUGACUGAGCUCCGUUUAAGUCGCUUGGAGCUUCAAUCAUAUUGACUCCACUUGCUACCCACCCCGCAGCUUCCUGAUCAUGCGGUGAACCUUUCUCAUCUUUCUCUACCCAGAGAUCAUCUUUCUACACAUCCACUCCCAAUCCUCAUCAUGGCUGCUGCACGGCCUCGCCCUUAUCGGCGCAUAUUGACUUCGGCGCUGCACAGAAGAUUUGUUCAUGCUUCUGCGCUGGCGCUGUUAGUCUGCUACAUAGUGGCGUUUGCUAUGGGGGAGAAAUCUUCAUGGCUAUGGUCAUGGUUCCCAAUUGGAGCAUGUGGCAUCCGAGCAGUUCUUCUUUCUCUCUGCAGCCUUGUCAUCUUUGUUUUGCGUGUUGGUCAGAUGCACCUUGGCGCCAGGACGACCGUCUCGUCGAUUAGUACCUUCAAGCAACUUAUCCCCUUUGAAGCCUUUCAAACUUUCGGAUGGUACAUUUUCUCCGCAUGGUGGUUCAAUGAAAUUUACAGAUGGUCUUCACCGCUGAGCGCCCGCUUGGAAUGGGUGAAUCGAGCUAGACCCCAUGAACGUGCAAGUCUGAACGAGCGAGCAAUUUACCUUUAUACCUAUCACCUUACACUAGCAGUUACGCAGUCACUUGCUCAUCUGUGGCAUGACUAUGACCGAGUCCACGUUUCCCUUGUGAAACGGUCUGACAAUCACACGAACGUUGAAACUUUUCUCAAACGCAUUCAGACCGCACUCACAAAGGCUCUUAUUCGCGGAGUCAAGAGGAGUUUCAUCGUUGCCUUGAUCUGCCCCUUGGCAUACUCUAUAGUCCUCCGUCGAUUCGCGUGGAGUACCACCUUAUAUUUCGCCAAGCUCUUCUGGGACUUUCCCAGGUCCGCCGCUCACCCUCCGGGCUUUCUUCCACCAAUCAGUCCAGGAAUUAUGUUAAGAUCCAUAGUCUCAGGAGCACUUCUAAUGACAUGCUGGGAGAGUGCCAGUGUCUUCUUUACCAAUUUUCUGGGCAAAGAGCCUCUGAAGCGCGGCCAGCCCUUGACAGCCGACGCCAAAGACCCCAACGGCAGCUUGCUUACCGGUCUAACAGCGAAAAAGGAGAUGGUUCGAGCAUUUGCUUUCUGGGAACUACUCCUAAUCAGCCAGCAGUUUCCUGAUCGUCGCAAGGCCAUUUUCAACGACAUUGACCGUGAAGAAGGAGCAGCCUGGUCUCAGAUUUUAUCCGCAGCUACAGCCGUGAUCAAGGCCGUUUCGAGCCGGAUCAAAGUGAAAGCCGCCGAGAAGAAUUAUCUGGACAAAAGAGAUGGGGAAAAGAGCACUUCUGGGAACGAAAUCGACGACCAGUUUCAGAAAGGGCCUGUGCUUCGCACUCUCCCACGACUGACCGAUCCGCUCAAGGACCCGGGUGAAGUCGAUAUCUUCGUGUCUGCGUCCAAGCCCCACUCUCGCCAGGAGCGACUCAGUGAAGCCGUCAAAUCGUUUGGCAACAAUCCCGACUGGACUCCUGCCGCGCGCGCAAAAGCUCGGAAUGUCUUAGAUCGGGCUACUGCCAUGAUUAGCCCCGAGGAGGUAAACCUGCUCACCCGCCCGUUGUUCACCAAAAAGCCGGAAGAUUUGCACCCUCUCGUCGCCACAGUCUUGCGCACCCCGAUCGGCCGCCUUUUCCAACAGACCUAUGCCCGUCGCUUGUCCGGUAUCGUCCUCGGCACACCGCACUCUGAUAUAUGCUCCAUCAACCACUCGAUCAACUCGAUCACCUGCCUCGCCAUCAAGAGUCUCGAAGAGGAUUCGUACGGCAAAGUCCAAGCCGACGUACCUGCCAUCAUCCGCCUGUUCACCGAGACUAUUGAGACCUUAGAACCGUUUGUCAAUGGUGGAUUGGAUGCGCACUGGACGGACGUAGAUUUCCCGCCGUCAAGCGAUCCGGAGGCUCAGGCCCAGGCUCGUCGGGUUCCAGACGUGGAACUGGUCCUCACGACGCUCAAACUAUCUCUGACGGAUAUCCUGUCCGCAUUCAACAAGUAUUUUACAGUGAUUGGUCUGGAGGCUAAAGACCUGCGCUUGGCCAAGGAAGCUGCUGGCUUGGCUGAUUAGGGUCUGUAAACUAUCACUGUUCAGCAGGGGGGACUCUCCUCUGUGAACCUUCUUUGAGAGAGGAAAAUGUGUUGUCAUCUUUUUCUCCGCUUCAUUCUUCCCCACCCGGGGGAGUUGUUAUCAUGUUUUAUCCAGUUACGACUUAGACCUCAGGUCAGUUUUAGCUGUUAUGUAUGCAUUGUUCUGGCGUUAGAUGGACAGGUAGUUUUAUCGGUGAAACAAUGUAUUCUAGUGUUCGAUAGAUCGAG